GGGCGCCGGCACCGCCGCCCGGUGACCGCCGGUGGUGACACCACCACGGCGACCACCACCCGGUGACAACCACCACGGCGACCACCGCCGCUAACAACCACCACGGUGCGCGCCGCCGGUGACAGCCACCACGGUGACAGCCACCACGGUGACCACGGCCGCCGCCUCCCGGUGCCCCAGGAGCGCUCCAGAGGGCGCCGUGCGAGCGGUCCAGGCGACCACCGUGCGAGACCCCCGAGCCCCCCGUCCCAGGGCGCCGCCGCUCCGCUGUCCCCUGUCCUCUGCCCAACCCCGCCCCGCACCUCCCGCUCCCGCCGCGUCCCCCCGCCAACUCCCCGGCGUCCCCGCGCUCCCUGGGGCCGCCGCCGCCCCCGGGCUCCCCCCGCUCCCGCUGCCGCCCCCCGCCUCCGGCCCGCCCCGCGCCCGGCGCCGCCCCCGCUCACUCUCCCGGCGGCUCCGGAGCGGAGCGGAGCGGAGCGUCCUCCCUCCCGGUGCCGGCGCGAUGGGCGCGGGGCGGCUCUGAGGGCGCCAUGGACCCGCGGCGCCUCAACGAGUCGCUGCAGGAGCUGCUCUGCCGGCCCGGGAACGGCUCCGGCUCCGCCACCGGCCCCGGGAACGGCUCCGCCGGGAACGGCUCCGCCUGCGACCUGCUCCGCAGGGGCCUCCGCGGGCCCCCGGCCCCCAAAGACCUGGACCUGACAGUGCGCGUCCUGCUGUACACGCUGAUCUUCGUGCUGAGCGUCUGCGGGAACGCGCUGGUGGUGGCCGUGCUGCUCCUGAACCGCCGCCUGCGCACCGUCACCAACUCCUUCCUGCUGUCCCUGGCCGUCAGCGACCUGAUGCUGGCCCUGUGCUGCAUGCCCUUCACGCUCGUCCCCAACCUCAUGGGCACCUUCAUCUUCGGAGAGGCCAUCUGCAAGCUCAUGGCCUACCUCAUGGGCGUCUCCGUCUCGGUGUCCACGUUCAGCCUGGUGGCCAUCGCCAUCGAGCGGUACAGCGCCAUCUGCAACCCGCUGCAGUCCCGCGUGUGGCAGACGCGCUCGCACGCCUGCCGGGUCAUCGCCGGCACCUGGCUCUUCUCGGCGCUGCUCAUGCUGCCCUACGCCGUGUACAGCACCACGCGCGCCGUGCCCGCCCGCGGCGCCCGCCCGCCCGUCAGCCAGUGCACCCACGACUGGCCCAGCGAGCACGUCCGGCAGGCCUGGUACGUCCUGCUGCUCCUCGUCCUCUUCUUCAUCCCGGGCGUGGUGAUGAUCGUGGCUUACGGGCUCAUCUCCCGCGAGCUCUACCGAGGGAUCCGCUUCGAGCUGGACAUCAAGGGGGACGGCGCAGCGCAGCGCGGCCGGGACCCGGCGCCCGCGUGUGACGAGGGGGACGGGUGCUACCUGCAGCUGUCGCGGCCGGGCGGCGCGCUGGAGCUGCGGGCGCUGGGCUCGGCGGGCGCGCAGCAGGAGCGCGCGCGCAUCAACAGCUCGGAGGCGAAGCUGGUGGCCAAGCGGCGCGUGAUCCGCAUGCUGGUGGUCAUCGUGGCCAUGUUCUUCCUGUGCUGGCUGCCCAUCUUCACCGCCAACACGUGGCGCGCCUUCGCCCCGCGCGCGGCGCAGCGGGCGCUCUCGGGGACGCCCAUCUCCUUCAUCCACCUCCUGUCCUACACGUCGGCCUGCGCCAACCCGCUCAUCUACUGCUUCAUGAACCGCCGCUUCCGCAAGGCCUUCCUGGCCACCUGCGCCGGCUGCCGCCGCGCCUGCCCGCGCCGCGCGCCCGACGACGAGGCGGCCGCCGCCACCGCCUCGCUCUCCAAGUUCAGCUACACCACCGUCAGCAGCCUCGGGCCCCCCUGAGCCCCGGCACGGCCCCCGCGCGCCUGUGGCCCCGAGCACCCCCUGCCCUGGCACCCCCGUGUCCCCCUGCCCUUGUACCACCUGUGCUCCCUUGUCCUGGCACCCCUGUGUCCCCCUGCCCUGACACCCCCGUGUCC